CUUUUUCUGCCUCUCCCUCCUCUUAACCUUAACUUUGAAAACUUCCCAAAUAAGGUCUAAGUCACUGAGCACUCAGGUUUCCAAAGCCUGCACAGGAAUCCGUGAAGGCAACAGUUGCCAGUUAAAGAAAUAACACCAUGAGGGAAACAUUCCUCAGCCUUUGCUGGGAGCUCCCACCUCCUUCAGCCUGUCCCUGCACUGGGCAGCUGCCCAGACGGGUUUGAGCUCGGGGCUGGGAAAGGUUUGGCACAGGAAUUCCCGGUACUUUUGCUCCAGGCCAGGAAGGGUUUGGCACGGGAAUUCCCGGCGCUUUUGCUCCAAGAGAGGAAAGGUUUGGCACGGGAAUUCCCGGUGUCUGAAGCCAAGCGAGCGCUGCAGGUUGAGGACAGAAGGUGCACCCUCUGCUUUCCCUCCUUUGCCAUUGUUUUGUGCAGCAGCAGGGAACAGAUCAAACCCCUGUUGGUGUAGGUGCUUCCCUGGCUCAUAUCAGUUAAAUCCACCCAUUUCAGCUGCUCUCUGUCACUGCUGUCACACCUGAUUUUGCCUAGAUCAGCCUUGCACCCAAGGGCUCCUGCUUCCACCCCAGGGAUGCUGCAGGGCAACCUCCAGAGCUGAGAAUUAGGCUCAUGGGGAUAAUGAUUAUCUUGAAGAGUAAUUAUGACACCUUGAAGUACACUAGUGAGGCAGAAAGAUGGAUGUCUUGUUUGAGAAAGCCUCGAAUAUUACAAGGAAGUAGAGAAGAAAGUCACGGUGUUCACUCACUGCUGGGUCCCCUCAUCCUGCUCCUCCCUCCCUGCAAGCAGCAAUUCCCCCAGGGUGUCCUAUUCCCACCGCCACAUGGCACAGGGGGACUUUGCUGGCCAAAAAAUCACCAUCCAGCCACUGCAUGUGCCACCAAACCCCGCAUCUGGCAACCCUCAGGGAUUUUCCUCUGGGAUUUCAGCCCAGCUGCCCUGGAAGCAGCAGAAAGUACAGCUGGUGCUGACUCUUCCAGGCAGGAUCUUUUCUUACAGAAACACCUCUUUAAUGCACAACAGGCAUUGGGCAUGGCCCAAUGGUCUCUAACCCUGGUGACAAAGCCAUUGGUUAAAAUGUCAUUGGAAAAUCAGCCCUGCUGCUGCACAGCCUCCUGUGCCGGGCUGGCUGCCCACACUGCAGAGAGGGGAGAUGCUGAUCUGCUUCCAAUUUGCUUUUUGGAGCUCAUCGGACCUUCUACAUCGAGGAACAGUUUUCCUUUUAAGGUGGAACAGCAUGAGGUUUGUUCUCUUUCAAAAAGAUUUCUCCAAGAGGUUAUUUAGAGAUCCUCUUGUGGACGUGGUGCUGCUUUGCAUCCCACACACGUUGCUGGGAUAUGGGAUGAAGCGUUCUUGUGGAGCUGUUAAUUAACACCAGCUCGGGAGCUGUGCCAGAGCACAGCUCCAGGUACGUGGAUACUCCCCACUUAGCCAAGUGCUGCUCCCACUGACCUCCCAGCCUCGGGGAAUUUUGUUUGCCACUUUUUAUCCCAUCAGGUCAACGAGCUGGGUCUCAAGGGAACAGAAGUGAUUAUGGUAAGAAACUUUCAGAGGAGGAGCUGCCCUUCCACCCUCUGCUCCUUCUCGAAGGUUUCUUCUCCACGUGAGGCAUUCCCAGCUUUUUUCCAGGUUAAGCUCCACAAUGACAUUUUUCCCUGCCACAGCUUGUGAGUGUCAUCCACCUCCAGAUGCCUCUCACUUCUCUGCCCCGCUGGAGGGGUUCCUGGGAAGCAGGGAUGCAGCUUUCCUUGUGAUCUCCCACUCCACAGGCAUUUGAACAUUUUGUUUCCCUUUUCAUGAACUCAGAAGCCUUCAUUCAACUUCCCACAUGAACACUGGAUGGUGUUUUCCAUCUCACAAGUGCAUUAACCCAACGCCUUUCAGCAGCAGUAAAUCAGAGCUGAAGAACCAAAGGCCUCAGCAGCCAAAUCCAGCCCUGGAUCUGGUUUGCAUUUCCCUCUCCUCUGCAUGUUCUUAAUUAUAAUAUCACAGAACUGGGGGCUCCCACUGAGCAUAAAUAUGUAGGAUCAGCUGGCUGGAUUUGGAGCAUCUAAAUAUGCAUUUCCACCCCUCAGGAGCUGAGAACAGGAUGAGAGCUAAGGCCAACAUGGAAUUUAGCCAGUGCUUUAAGCAUCUUAUUUCCAGUGCAGGAGUUGCACAAAACAGUACUGAGGAGCUGCUAAAUCUGAGCUGCAGUGGAGAAGGGGAUGAGGCUCAGCUCGUAGGCAAAAGGCCUGGCCCAAAUCCUGCCCAGCCUGUCUGAGUCCUGCUCUGCGUCACACGAUGGGCUUUGUGCUUUGAAGAAACCCCAGCGACCCAACCAUGGGCAGGUCGUGCUGGGGACGCUCACACCAAACCCCUUCCCCUUCGUCCACUCCCCUGGUCCCAAGCAGCUGCUUUCUGCACCCCUUUGCCAUUGCUCCUGGUGCUUUGGGGGAAGAGAGGCUCAGGGAGCAAAACAAAAUGAGGGACGGACACAGAUACAGGAGAAGAGUAAGUUUGAUAAAAAUAUUGGUCUGACCUAGAAAACUCCAUGAGCCAAGUCCUUGGAAUCACAUCACACCAAAGCAAACAGCUCCCCCACCCUGCCAAGAAAAGCCAAAUUAUCUCCCAUUUUCAUGCAGAUUUCUUCACCAGCCCAUGCCAGUGGUGCCCACACGCUGCUCCCACGUCCCGUCUCCUCCCCACAGGCCGUGCCAUGAUCUCUGCUGUGCUGCUCCUCUGGACUGUGCCCUGCGUGGCAAACCACAUCCUGGGGGGCUUUGCCAGGCGGGAGCUGCAGGAGGGUGCCCAGCUGGCCUGCAGCCUGCCAGGGCCCCCCGGGCCCCCCGGGCCCCCCGGCGUGCCAGGGACCCCAGGGACCGUGGGCAGGAUGGGCUUCCCCGGCAAGGACGGCAAGGACGGCCAGGACGGGGAGAAAGGCGAGCACGGCGAUGAAGGUCCCCAGGGCAGAACAGGAAACCCGGGCAAGCCAGGCCCGAAGGGGAAAACAGGAGCCAUUGGCAAGGCAGGGCCCCGGGGGCCCAAGGGUUUAAAGGGCAGUCCUGGGAAAAACGGGGCCCCGGGGAAGAAAGGGCCCAAAGGGAGCCAGGGUGACCCUGGGCUGCCGGGGGCCUGCAGCUGCAGUGGCAGCAAAGCCAAGUCUGCCUUCUCCGUGGCAGUGUCCAAGAGCUACCCCAGGGAGCGGCUGCCCAUCAAGUUUGACAGGAUCCUGAUGAACGAGGGAGGACAUUACAACGCUUCCAGUGGGAAGUUCAUCUGCAGCAUCCCCGGGAUUUACUACUUCACCUACGACAUCACUUUGGCCAACAAGCACUUGGCCAUUGGCCUGGUCCACAACGGCCAGUACCGGAUCAAGACUUUUGAUGCCAACACUGGGAACCACGACGUGGCCUCUGGAUCGACCAUCCUGGCGCUGAAGCAGGAGGAUGAGGUGUGGCUGCAGAUCUUUUACUCAGAGCAAAAUGGGCUCUUUUAUGAUCCCUACUGGACAGACAGCUUAUUUACUGGAUUCUUGAUUUAUCCUGACCAAGAUUAUCUCAAUGAGGUAUAGGAUGAGGAGCUAUGGGGAAAAAAUAGGAAAUGGGCCUUGGUCCAAACAAAGUGUGGCCUUGCAUGGGACGUGUCUGGGAUUAUCAGAUGAUUCCACAUUUGCCUGUGGGAUUAUCAGGUGAUUGCACCCUGUAUUGGCUAUUCAGAAUUUACCUGAUGUCAUCAAGCCCACUGGGUACCAGAUUUCAGCAGCCUCAUGAAUGUCUCCAUCCCAAAGCCACCCAUUAUGUAUUCCAUGAUCAUUCCAACAUGCCAUGGACAUGUAAUUCAAAUGCUGGUGCAGAAUACUUUGGUUAUUACAUGGUUAUAAUAAAGCAUGAAACCAACAGUGAUUUCCUACA